AUGUUUUGUGAGGGUACUUGGCACGCCUCCACCCUCGCCUCCGCCCUCACCUCCGCCCUCACUUCCGCCCUCCCCUCCGCCCUCCCCUCCGCCCUCACCUCCGCCCUCACUUCCGUCCUCACUCUCACUUCCAGACGUUGUAUACAAUCUCUUGAAACAGACGAGACAAAGCCUACACUGCGGGCUCUGAAGAAGCCUAAACUACGGGCUCUGAAGAAGCCUACACUGCGGGCUCUGAAGAAGCCUGCACUACGGGCUCUGAAGAAGUCUACACUGCGGGCUCUGAAGAAGCCUACACUGCGGGCUCUGAAGAAGCCUACACUGCGGGCUCUGAAGAAGUCUACACUGCGGGCUCUGAAGAAGCCUAAACUACGGGCUCUGAAGAAGCCUACACUGCGGGCUCUGAAGAAGCCUGCACUACGGGCUCUGAAGAAGCCUAAACUACGGGCUCUGAAGAAGCCUACACUGCGGGCUCUGAAGAAGUCUACACUGCGGGCUCUGAAGAAGCCUAAACUACGGGCUCUGAAGAAGCCUAAACUACGGGCUCUGAAGAAGCCUACACUGCGGGCUCUGAAGAAGUCUACACUGCGGGCUCUGAAGAAGCCUAAACUACGGGCUCUGAAGAAGCCUACACUGCGGGCUCUGAAGAAGUCUACACUGCGGGCUCUGAAGAAGACUACACUGCGGGCUCUGAAGAAGCCUACACUGCGGGCUCUGAAGAAGCCUACACUGCGGGCUCUGAAGAAGUCUACACUGCGGGCUCUGAAGAAGCCUAAACUACGGGCUCUGAAGAAGCCUACACUGCGGGCUCUGAAGAAGUCUACACUGCGGGCUCUGAAGAAGUCUACACUGCGGGCUCUGAAGAAGCCUACACUGCGGGCUCUGAAGAAGUCUACACUGCGGGCUCUGAAGAAGCCUACACUGCGGGCUCUGAAGAAGUCUACACUGCGGGCUCUGAAGAAGCCUACACUGCGGGCUCUGAAGAAGCCUAAACUACGGGCUCUGAAGAAGCCUACACUGCGGGCUCUGAAGAAGUCUACACUGCGGGCUCUGAAGAAGCCUAAACUACGGGCUCUGAAGAAGCCUACACUGCGGGCUCUGAAGAAGUCUACACUGCGGGCUCUGAAGAAGUCUACACUGCGGGCUCUGAAGAAGCCUACACUGCGGGCUCUGAAGAAGUCUACACUGCGGGCUCUGAAGAAGUCUACACUGCGGGCUCUGAAGAAGCCUACACUGCGGGCUCUGAAGAAGCCUACACUGCGGGCUCUGAAGAAGCCUACACUGCGGGCUCUGAAGAAGCCUACACUGCGGGCUCUGAAGAAGCCUACACUGCGGGCUCUGAAGAAGCCUACACUGCGGGCUCUGAAGAAGUCUACACUGCGGGCUCUGAAGAAGCCUACACUGCGGGCUCUGAAGAAGUCUACACUGCGGGCUCUGAAGAAGUCUACACUGCGGGCUCUGAAGAAGUCUACACUGCGGGCUCUGAAGAAGCCUACACUGCGGGCUCUGAAGAAGUCUACACUGCGGGCGCUGAAGAAGCCUACACUGCGGGCUCUGAAGAAGCCUACACUGCGGGCUCUGAAGAAGCCUAAACUACGGGCUCUGAAGAAGUCUACACUGCGGGCUCUGAAGAAGUCUACACUGCGGGCUCUGAAGAAGCCUACACUGCGGGCUCUGAAGAAGUCUACACUGCGGGCGCUGAAGAAGCCUACACUGCGGACGCUGAAGAAGCCUACACUGCGGGCGCUGAAGAAGCCUACACUGCGGGCUCUGAAGAAGUCUACACUGCGGGCUCUGAAGAAGUCUACACUGCGGGCGCUGAAGAAGCCUACACUGCGGGCUCUGAAGAAGUCUACACUGCGGGCGCUGAAGAAGCCUACACUGCGGGCGCUGAAGAAGCCUACACUGCGGGCGCUGAAGAAGCCUACACUGCGGGCGCUGAAGAAGCCUACACUGCGGGCGCUGAAGAAGCCUACACUGCGGGCGCUGAAGAAGCCUACACUGCGGGCGCUGAAGAAGCCUACACUGCGGGCGCUGAAGAGGCAAGGAUUUCCUGAGGCUUCUACUGAAACCGGAACAGGAUUGUCACACACUCCCCCCAAGCACUCAGACACUGUCACCUUGGACCUGUUCUACCUCUGA